AGAAGCUGCGGAGCCAGAGCGCACUGGGAGUCAGUCUUGUUUCAUGGACAGUAUGAGAGUGACUGCGUUGUGCAUUUUUUCCACUCUCUAACACCGCUGCUGCUUGCUGUAGUGCAGAUGGUGCCUUGAUAAAUAGUCUUUUUUUCCACGAAUCCUUCAGCAAGCCAUGGCUUAGGGGAGAGACAUGAGUAUCCAAACAGAGGACAGUAUAAGCCUGUGUAAGAAGGCUCUGCAGAUCGUUUCAGACCUUUGCCUAGGAGGGCAAGUAGAGUCGGAGAAAUGUUUAGGCAUCUUUCCAGUGGAGAGGAGCAAACCAGGUAAAGGUAGCGCAGACAUCUCAGUCAGUCUCCUUGCUGUAGUCGUCAGUUUCUGUGGGCUUGCCCUGUUGGUAGUCUCUCUCUUUGUCUUUUGGAAGCUUUGUUGGCCAUGCUGGAAGAGCAAAGCUCUCACCUCUCAUGACAAUAACGUCCCCCAGAAUACCCCCAGCCCGCCUGCAGAGGUGGUGGAAACUGAUAAAAAAAAGGAGAUAAAGGAAAAUGGGAAGAGCUCUGUUAAGCUUAUGGAGGCUGCCAUGAAGAUCAGCCAGACUUCCCCAGACAUCCCAGCCGAGGUGCAGACAGCUCUGAAGCAGCACCUCAUGAGGCAAACCAGAAUACAGAGGCAGAUCACAGAGCCCACCUCAUCAUCCAGGCAUAAUUCGUUUAGGAGGCAUUUGCCACGACAAAUGCAUGUGUCGAGUGUGGAUUUUAGCAUGGACAGCUUUCAGAGGAGAGAGACAACCAUCAGCAUUGGGCGCAUAAAGCCAGAACUUUAUAAACAGAAGUCUGUCGAUUCUGAGGACAACCCAGAUGAGAACAUUGAAACCUGUGGAAAACUGAACUUCACGCUUCAGUAUGAUUAUGAGAACGAGAUGCUUAUAGUUAAAAUUAUCAAAGCUUUAGAGCUGCCUGCGAAGGACUUUACAGGGACCUCCGACCCCUAUGUGAAGAUCUAUCUGCUUCCAGACAGAAAAAAGAAGUUUCAGACUCGAGUGCACAGGAAGACUCUUGAUCCCAUCUUUGAUGAGACCUUUCAGUUUCCUGUGGUGUAUGAUCAGUUAAGCAACAGGAAGCUUCACUUCAGUGUGUAUGACUUUGACAGGUUCUCCAGUCACGAUAUGAUUGGAGAAGUUGUUGUGGACAAUCUGUUUGAGGUGUCUGAUCUCUCCAGGGAAACAGCUGUUUGGAAGGACAUUCAUUGUGCCACCGCAGAAAGUGUUGAUUUGGGGGAAAUCAUGUAUUCUUUGUGCUACCUGCCAACUGCUGGGAGAAUGACACUGACUGUCAUUAAAUGCAGAAAUCUCAAGGCAAUGGACAUUACAGGCUCCUCAGAUCCUUAUGUUAAAGUGUCCCUUUUGUGUGAUGGACGAAGGUUAAAAAAACGGAAAACCACCACCAAGAAGAGCACAUUGAACCCAGUUUACAAUGAGGCAAUCAUCUUCGACAUCCCCCCGGAGAAUGUGGAGCAGGUCAGCAUAGCCAUCAUGGUGAUGGACUAUGAUCGCGUUGGCCACAAUGAGGUGAUUGGAGUGUGCAGAGCUGGGCCUGAAGCCACAGGUCUUGGACGCGAUCACUGGAAUGAAAUGCUGGCCUAUCCUCGCAAGCCAAUAACCCACUGGCAUGCACUGGUAGAGUGGCCUAGACAAGCAACUAGUUUCGACAGUCAAGGGUCCUGUCCAUCACCAAAACCACUCCUGACACCGUAGAAGGAGUUAAUAAAGUCGACUCUGCUCUUAGUGUCAGAAGCUACUGUACAUCUGGGGAUCAAACAACUGAUUAUUAUUAUUAUUAUUAUUAUUAUUAUUAUUAUUAUAUUAUUAUUAUUAUUAUUAUUAUUAUUAUUAUUAUUACUAAGGUUACUGAGACUUGCUAAUCUGGGAACACAGACCUUUGAAACGUCACAGACAAUCCUGAUUAUUGGCAAUAUGAUCUGUUAAAUUAUAAUCGCAGUCUUUUAAAUGCUUUAUUAUUAGAUUUUGUUCUUCUGUGUCAGUAAUGGCUAACAAAUUAUCUAUGGUGCUGUCAUUUGAUUUAGAUCCCCAAGAGUGUACUUAAAUAUAUUACAAAACAACUACAUAUCAUAUCAAAAUCCUAUCUUGUAAUGUUUUGUAUUGUGAAUACAAUGCAAGCUAGUUGAGGCAUAAAGUGUAGUAUUUAUCAAACGUAAGGCUUUAUACUUGAAUAUAUGUAAAGCUAUUGUAUUGUGCAGCUGGGUUUAUUGGGUUCUUAUUGAAUUAUCACUGUUUGAUUAUAAGCCUGACAGAACAUUGGAAAUGGAACCGGGUUGUUAAUUCUGAAAUUACAGAACAAAAUAUUCGAAGUGUGAGUGCAUGAAGAAACUCAGGCAGAACAGUUUUAUAUGUUCUUAUUAAUGUGCUUUUAAAAUUGUAUUUCAUUUUCUCACUUUUCUACCCUUUUAAAUAUAAUUUAAUAAAGAUAAGGACACAGUGGCUAUGUUUACAAUUACUUUUAGUAAACUAGAGUGAUACAUUUGUCUUCCCAUAAUUUACAAUUUUGUUACACACACUUAAUUUAUUUUUUAAUAGAGUGGCAUGACCCUAAAGGAAAUUUCUGGCUGUUUUGGCUUGAUAAACAGUGUGCUGUACAAUUCACUUUGUCAUAUGGUAGGGACAAGAAGAAUAAUUAUUCAUGUAACUGCAAUAAAAACAGGUCUCAUUCAAAAUCCUUGACUUGUCUUAAAGGCACAGGUACACAUUUAAACAAAUGUUUUUGGCUCUUUGUAACAGGGUGACGUGUUACAUGCAUGGGUAGUCACUGGAAAAUACAGACACAGAGCAUUGGCGUUGAUACGCCGCACAGGCGCCUAGAUUUAAUUUGAACACCAAACUGACACAAGGGUACCAGCGAUGGCAGCCCUAGUGUCACAUUUAAUAAAGAAAUAAAAACAAAAACCAAAGCUAAAAAUAAAAGGUUGCCACACAGAGUGA